UGAUAAGUGACUGCUCGACAUAUAUACGCCCUUAACACGAUAUAUUUUAAAGCGGCAAUGACUUUAAAUUACAAAAAACAAAAUUAAUGUUUGAUAUGUAGUUGGAUUUAUUUUCCAGCCAUUAAAACCUCAAAAAACAUCAAACAAAAACAUUAGAAGUGAGACUGUAAUAGUAUCCCAUGCUACAUAGCAUUCAUGUUGUGGUUUUCACUGUUAAGGCUAAAUCAAGUUAAUUUCAUGGUGUUAUUACAAUCUGGGGUCUGGGGCAUUAAUUUUGACAGAUUUAUCUGAAGCCACGCCUAAAGUCCUGAUGCUGGUGCUGUAUUGGCAGGGAGCACAGCGCACAGGACCGCAUUGGCUGUUUUUUUUUUUUUUUUUUUCUUUUUUUCAUUAGGGUCCCAAACUACACCGAGAUUUGGAAUAUUACGUUAUAGUCCUACAGGAAGAUGGCGACUGUCAUUCAUAAUCCUUUGAAAUCGCUUGGCGACCAGUUCUAUAAGGAGGCCAUCGAACACUGUAGGAACUACAAUGCCCGACUCUGUGCAGAGCGCAGCGUGCGCAUGCCCUUCUUGGACUCACAAACUGGUGUGGCACAGAACAACUGUUACAUCUGGAUGGAAAAGCACCAACGUCAGCCAGGCCAGGCAGCAGGACAGAUGUAUACCUACCCCGCUCGUUGCUGGAGAAAGAAGAGGCGACUCCACCCUCCCCUGGAUCCCCAGCUCCGCCUGUGUGAGCUUCGACUAGAAGCAGAACUGGCCCCAAAGCGUGAGGGGGCACCGGGGGAGGCCACAGCCCUGGAGGCCCUACUAAGGGGGGACAACCUGCUGGAGAAAAAAAACAACCUCAGUAAGGAAGAGGAGACAUUGCUAGAAAUACAGAGAGUACUUGAGGCAGAGGAAAAUGGGGACGGCUUCCAUGAUGAUGAAGACUUUGAACUCGAUACUCCGAAGAGAAAGAACAGAAACAGAGGCAAAAACCGAGGCUCGAGCCGCAGAAGGGCAGAACCCGUUAACAUCGAGGACCAGGAUAAACCUUAUGUCUGUGACAAUAGAUACAAACAAAAGUAUAACUCAAAAAAGGCUGAAGAAGUGUGUGGAAAGCGCUACAAGAACCGGCCUGGCCUGAGCUACCAUUACACACACACUCACCUGGCAGAGGAGGAGGGAGAAGAGGAGAAGGAACCAGAGAUGGCGCCGUCUUCUCCUCAGAGUUCAGACAACCAUAAACGUAUGCUGCUGGCUGCUCAAAAGGGCCCCGAUGGUGCUGUUAUCCCCAACGACUACUGUGACUUCUGCCUGGGAGACCAGGACUCCAACAGGAAAACAGGACAAGCAGAGGAGCUGGUGUCCUGCUCCGACUGCGGACGUUCUGGUCAUCCUACAUGUCUGCAGUUCACUGAGAACAUGAUGCAGGCUGUCAGGACAUACCAGUGGCAGUGCAUCGAGUGCAAGUCCUGCAGCCUCUGUGGCACCUCGGAAAAUGAUGACCAGCUGCUGUUCUGCGAUGACUGUGACAGAGGAUACCACAUGUACUGCCUGAAGCCACCGAUGACCCAGCCUCCUGAAGGAAGCUGGAGCUGUCACUUGUGUUUGGACUUGUUAAAAGACAAGGCCUCAGCCUAUGGUGAAGCAUAAAGGACACCCUGGACAUUUUUAAAGCACAUGUAAACACAAUCUAUAUAUAUUUGUACAGAUGCACUUACUGUUUGACAUAUACUUUCUCCCAGAUACAACCCAACACACACACAAUACCCACAUAUACACAGAUACACACUCCGGUGCAUUAGCAGGCUCAGGGCAGUUUCCCAUGUGAGGCUCAGAGAUCCUCUACCUCUCAUAAAGCCAAGCAACACUCACAGAUGCAAAUGUCAUACGCCAUCUUAAGCGUAAGUCAGCUAACAGCAGAUCUGCUGUUCCCUCGUUUCUCUACCUCACCUCUCAGCAGACAGCAAAAAGCCAAAGCAAGAUUGAUAAUGGCCAAUACAGCAUAGAACAUGUGCAUGUGAAGUACAUGUUUAUUUUAACUGUAUUUCUGCAUGUUUCCCCCCUGAUUUGGAUUUAUUUGAGUAUGAUUUGGAAGGUGUUUCUCCUUGAGUAUUUGCUGAAGCUGCAUCACUUCCUUCCCUUGUAGCUUAAGUUCUCCAGUGGGGGAACCUUGAGUGAGUUUGACUAAUGUUUGUUUAGAUUUCUCCUUCCAGCUCUACUCCUCUGCUAUGUUUAGACUUUACAGUGACAUUCCCACUUUACAUCUGGACAGACUCAGUAUUAGUUAUGCCAUCUUUCACAGGUUUUGUCAAGCUUGGUGAAAUUUAUAUCCUGCACUAAGAGGAAAUGGGGCGAUAAAACAGCCUCCACUAUCAUUCCCUUUGGAGCAUAGUGACUUUAUAUCCACGUCUGUUUUUCUGUAUUCGUUCAGUUACCAGGAUACUGUGGUGCUCAGUAGGACACCUUACUAAUGGUGUAAUACUUUUAAAAGUAGAAUAAAAAAAUUAUUCAUCUAAAUGUCAUCUGUAAAUCAGUGGUUCCCAAACCUUUUCUUGAAACAAGUUCCUUUAGCUUACUGAAAUAUUGCCCUUUAGCUGAUUCUGUCUUAUUUUAAGUGUAAUGAGAUAAUUUUGACUAGAAAUAAGACAAAUACUCUUGGUAAGAUUUUGAGUUUUUGCAGUGUAUCUCCUACUUCCCAGCCAAGUUAUAGACUGAUUGCAUUUUAUUAAAUAAAUACCUGAAAUUUCUCAUUAAAAAUACAACUUUAUGUCUUCAGUGAACUAAGAAUGCAACUUCAUACUUUAUUUGACUGACAUGUCAAUGAGCCAGAGCUACAGGUUUUCUUCUCAGUAAAUUUUGACAAUAACCUGACUAUCGUUAGCCUUGCUAGCAUCACAGCCCACUUUUGUUCUUUAAACAAUUCCUUAUUGAUCCUUCUGUUUUUAUAGUGAAUUUGAAGUGAACGCUUGCAGUGGUAGAUUCACAUAUCACAGUUUAAACAAUUUGUUUUCCUACACUUUGACUGAAUUUGGUUUUUGUCUGAAAAAAUAACUUCAUUAGCAGCUGUUGCUAGCCAGCUAUUUCAUGCUAACUCCAUGAGUUGAUUGAACUUUUUAAGCUAUUCAGCUCACUCAUUUUAAAGGAAAAAACACCAUAAAAGGGGUUUAAUCAAUACCAUCAUGCCUACAAAGCCACAACUAAAACACUGAAGCUAAGCUAUAAAUUUUUGUGGGCAGGUUUUGAUGAUAAUGGCUCAGACACAGUAAAAUCUUAGCUUCGACUUUUUUUUACAGCAUCCAUUUUGACAUAGAAGGUAAAUGGAUAUGUUACUAAUGACAAUAAUGAACAUCUUCUAUUUAGGAGCAAGGCUUAAUUAAUGUAAUUCGUAAACCUGUGUUAGCCUACUGCUUCAUGUCAAAAUUACUUCUGCUAAACAGGUCCAAAAACUAGCAUUGUGAUUUUAGCCUCUAACCAUACAUAUCUUGCUAAUUAGAGAUUGAACAUAACUCUUCAUCAGACAGCAAUCCAAUCCAAUCCAGUCCAUUUCUUAUUAUACUCAAGUCUUUCAGUGUUGCCUGUCCAGUUAAGUGUUUAGAAGUCCAAUGCUGUGGACUGGUCACCUGCAAGUACUUGCUUUUUCUAUGCUUUGAUUGAACAGACAAUAAUUUUUGAAAAAUGUUCAGCUUUUAUUGUUUCGCUCUACUCUAUCCAUACAUACACAGGUAUUUUGAUAAACAUAGCCUUUUCUAUGCGUUUUGACCUUUCGUCCAAUGUAAACUGCACUUUGAGACACUGAAAAUGGGAGCUUCUUCCAGGGUGAAGAUUUUCAAAAAGUCAAGUUUCUUAGUUUCUUUCCAGAUUUUGUCUUCCAGUGGCAAAGUUGUACACCCUUAUCUUCUUUUUUGACAUCAGACUGUGCUUUGUGCUAAUGUUUUUAGGCUCCAUACAUAUUGCCUAACAUUUCUAUAAGGUCAGGUUUAUACCGUCACCUGUUGCUUUGGCAGCAUGCUCUUUCAUUUGGGUGAAGUUCAAAAUGAACAUCAUUAUAGAAGGUCUAUCCAACAGUUUGGGAACCACUCGUGUAAAUUUUCCACUGCAACAUGUUUAUUAUGAAACCUUCAUACAUUAUUAUCUCUCAAGGAAGCAGCAUAUACUGUUGUGUCCUGUGUUUUGUAUGCAGUUAAAAACAGAAUAUAUUCUGGGAGUGCUGCAUUUGUACAGCCGUGUGAAUAAGGUUAAUGUUUACUUGGUUCCAUGUUAGACUGAGCACUAAAAUCUGUGAAAAUUGUUUAUAUUAUGAAAAAAAGUUGACUCUCAAAAGUCGAAACACCUCAAGAGAAGAAAUUAGAAAAAGAGAAAAUGAUCCUCAAAGUACACAUAGUGUGCUUCUCCUGACAGGAUAUCACAUUUUGCAUUUGUGUUUUGUUAUUAUGUGUUUGUAUUUGAUAACGCAUUUCCACUGACAAUCAUGAGGUAGCAUAGACACAUUAUUAACACACUGAGGGUUUCACUGUGCUUUUCUCUGGCGAAUUUUCAAUGUCAUUUGCGUCUUCCUUACACAAAUGUCAUAUGUCGUGUUUUUGGGGGGAGGGGGGGGAUGGGUGCCAUCAACUACAGUGAUCCAAAUGUGUGAUGUUUUGUUAAAAUAAAUGUUACAUUAUUGUGUUAAAAUAAAGACCUUGAUUCUUGUUUGCUUGUAUGUUAAGCGUAUAAUGAAAAUAUCCCAGUCAGUCGCCGACCUGUUUCCAAAUUUUCCUGUGGGAAUACUCUCUCAUCCCAGUGAACUGUUUUACAUAAACUGACAAUUAGAGAUUGAAGUACUAGCCAAGAUGACUGUGUCUAAUAUGAACAUGUCUUCCUCAUCACAUAUUACUGCUUUCCUGUCUCUCACCCUCUGUGUGUGAAUAAACUGCAGUGGGCAGUGACAGAAGAAUAAACUCAUUUUCCAGUAGUAUCAAAUGAAUGUUCACCUUAUGAAAGCACUUUCCACUCUCAUCAAUGAUUAUAUUAUAUUAUAUAGAUCAGUAUUAUUUCAAAUAUCCGUAUAGUCAUUGCUAGAAAUCUUACUUGGUAGUAUGUACAUUUUUUUACCACUAGGUACCAGUAUUGGUCUGGAGUUGAACUGCAGUAGACUACUCAUUGUUGAAUUCAUGAAAAACUUAUUUCAUUAAAUUCAGGCAUAGGUCAAAAUCAUUGACAAUUUGUUUUAAUUUGUUUUUGUGAGAUCAUGCCCUAGCUAAACUAUAAACCCAUCUAGCACAGUUUUUUUUAAAUCAUAUCCUUAAUUAAGUAGUAGAAGUAGCUGUACUACAGUGGAAACAUACUGCUAAAAAAUGAUUAUUUGUGGAAAAAAACUUUUUAAAAAAAUCUGUGAGACACAUUUUAGAACACUAGUUGAACUGGAGCCAAGAAAUUACUUUAUUGUACUGCCAAGUAUACACCACUGAUAAGUGCAACAAGUUGACCUUAAAAACCAGUGACAAAACUUACUUGAACAACUUUGUUUAAUGGACAAAAAUGUCAUUUUUCAGGAGAAAAAAUGAAUACCGUGAUGUAUUUAUCUUAUGUGUUUGACUCAGCAGCUGGUAGUCAUCUCAGUGAUGAUGGACAGGAAAGUGCUUGUAGCAAAGCUGGGAUUCAGGAGGAGCUGCUCCAGCACCUGCGCACCUUUUUGCCUUGUGUUUACUGAACACAUGGCA